AUGUCUGCUCCAGCAUCGAAAGAGGCAUCCUCACCAUUAUCACCACCAUUCACCAACGCAUCUGACUUCCACCCCACCACGGGCCAAUAUCGCUUCACUCCUCCAACACCCACCGCGAUCCGCUCCCCAUGUCCCAUUGUGAACUCCCUCGCAAACCACUCCCUCAUCCCUCAUACAGGCAAAGGCGUGCCCGCCCACCGGCUGUAUGAAGCCGUCAAAUCCCUCGGCAUCUCGCCCCUCCUCGCCUACAUGCUCACAUAUGCGGUCUACCUUCCCGACCCCACCAUCACCGUUCCCCCUCCCCCAAGUCUCUGGAGCCGUCUCAACCCCUUCUCACCCUACUUCUUGUGGAACAAAAACCCGCUGGGAGAAUUUGGCAUGCUGAAGCCCGAACAACUUGAGCAGUUGCCCAAACUCCCAAUCAUGGAUCUCGACCAAAUUGGCCGCCACGGCGGCGUUGAACACGAUGUCUCCCUCUCCCGCCUCGAUACCGCACAAGGCGACAACCACACCCGUCAACCAAACCUCGUGAGCCAACUCCUCGCCACUUCUAAAGACGGCUUGAAUAUCACGCUCGAGGAUUGGGCCGGCCUAAGGAAAUUGAGACUGCAGCAACAGACAGAUGCGAAUAAAGAACUGCAUUUCACCAAGAGGGAAAACCAUUCGGCGGCGGCGGAGAUUGCGUUUUUGUUGUCCGUGUUUGGGGAUGGGGAGAAAGUGGGGAAGGAGCGGAUGGGGGCCAUUUUCGGGGAGGAGAGGUUGCCGAUAAUGGAGGGGUGGAGCGCUGGACGGAAGGGGGUGGGGGUUUUGCAGGUUAAUAAGUUGGCGGGGGAGGUGGAGAAGGCUGUGGGGUUUGAGGGGCAGGGGAUGGGGAAAGGGUUGGUGCAGGGUGCUAUUGGUCAUUAA